AUGUCCGAUCAGUCAUCGUCUUCACGUCCAGCAAAGCGAUUUACUGCUUUAGAAGCAUCAAAUUUGAUAAAACACUGGAUCGAUCAAAGUGAUGUGGAGUUAGAUAAUGAAAGUAGCGACGUGGAAUUUCCCCAGCCCGUUGACGAGUCAAGUUCUGAUGAGGAACGUGUGCGUAGUUUACCUCCUGCUAAGAGGAAAACAUUAACUAAUUCUGCCAUGGCAACACAAGAGAAUAGUGAUGCUGAAGCACCUCGUAACGUGACAUUAGCUAGUCCAAAUGUCAGCGCUUCUAGUACUAGUACUACUAGUAGUACACGCCAGAAUGAUAGUCGUGGUCAGUGGAGAGGUAUUACUGAGGGAAGAACACGAUCAAGGUUUCUGUUCAAGCCUCCAUGUCCAGCUGGUGUGACAGAACACUUGGAUGUUUCAACCACGUUGAAGAGCUUCAAUGUUUUAUUUGAUGGUGACAUAAAAGAGUAUUUGCUGAAUCAAAUAAAUGAUUUUGCCAAGAUGAAGUGCCAGCAAAACACCCCAGCCUCAAAGCAUUCCAUAUAUGGAAGGUGGAAGGAUGUAACAAGCUUGGAGCUGGACAAGUUUUUUGCUGUCCUCAUCAAUAUGGGAAUCCACAAAAAACCAUCAAUAAGACAUUUUUGGUGUCAGGCCCCAGACAUGCACACUCCAUGGUUUGGCCACAUGUUCUCCAGAAACAGGUUCCAGGAUAUUUACCACACUAUGCUGCAUGCUGCUGGAGAUGAGGCAGAAGGGAAGGACAAGAUUGAACCUUUCAUCAAUCUUGUUUUAGAAAAAUGCAGAGCUGCCUUUUACCCCUAUGAAAAUCUAAGUUUGGAUGAGAUGGUAAUUGGCUUCAAAGGCAGAUGGCAGUACAAGCAAUUCAAUGCACAAAAACCAAAGAAAUAUCACAUCAAAACCUUUGGUUUAUGUGAUGCUGCCACUGGAUAUGUUGUGAAUCUGCUAGUCUACUUUGGUAGAGACACAUCAUACAAUCCUGAACUCGAUGCGGACAGUGGUCAUGCUGCAAGGGCCACCACAUUUUUUGCAGACAGAUAUUAUACAACAAGGGUACUGCUUGAUCAUCUGCUGCAGCAAGAAACUUAUUUUACUGGAACUUUGAAUCUGAACCGCAAAGACUUUCCACCACAGCUACGCGUUCACACUGUCAACCACCUAGAAAUGAAGUGGUAUAUGCAUGAGACAGAUAGAAUACUUUGUGUCGCUUUCAAGGAUAAAAAAGCUAAGAAAGAGGUAAUUGUUGUCUCGACACAUGCUGAGGUAGCAACAGUGCCAACCAAGAAAGGUAUUAUCAAGCCUGCAGUCAUAGACAGCUACAACCAGUCCAUGAAUGGAUGUGACUUGUUGGAUCAGAAAGUGGGCUACUAUGGCAUUCACUGCAGAAAAUCAAUAAAGUGGUGGAAGAAGAUAUUUUUGUGGAUGUUUGAGAUUGUCCAAGUAAACAGUUAUAUCAUAUACUUGCUUAGUUCAGGAAAAAAGAAUGGACUCCACGAUUUCAAACGCCAGCUCCUGAAUCAACUGACAGAAGCAAGUGCACAGGAACUGGUAUCUACAAAAUAUACUUUGCAGCCAGAGGCUUCUCACUGGCAAUUUACAGACAACAGGCACCUAAUUACGUACAGAAAGCAAGAUUUGAGGUGGGCUUUUUGCAGCCCACCAUCCAAACCCAAGCGCACACACUUUUAUUGUUCAGGAUGCCCCAAUAAUCCCCACUUGCACCCCCAGUGUUUUGCUCCAUAUCAUCUAAAACCAUAG